GCGACAUUUUGUAAACACGGAUCUGUUCACUGGUGGUGAGGUUGAGGACGCUUGUCUAGCCCGAGAUCAAGGAACUAGGAAGCUGCUGUGCCAGCUGCUCUGAGGCAGCUCUGAGGCGGUCUAAGGCUCGGCGUGGGCGCCAUCCAGCCUGACUCUGUUGCGGGGCCGGGACGGGGGCUGCAGUGCCCGGGCCCCACCUUCGCACACAGACUCCCUUGGCGGCGGCAGCGCUGAUGGGUCCUAUUCAGGUUCCACACUCAGCAGAACCACUUAUGGACACUGCACUGGGCUCUGUGACCUUUGAGGACGUGGCUGUGUACUUUUCCCAGGAGGAAUGGAGGCUUCUUGAUGAGGCCCAGAGAUUCCUGUACCAUGAUGUCAUGCUGGAGACCUUUGCACUUGUUGCAUCAUUGGGUUGUUGGCAUGGAGCAGAGGUCAAGGAGACACCUUCUGAACAGAAUGUUUUUGUAGAAGUGCCACGAAUAAAUACUUCAAAGACAAACCUGUCCACCCAGGAGGCCUAUCCCUGGGAGAGGUGUAGCCCAGACUUAGAAGGUGGUUUGCAUCUAGCUGAAGACCUCGGAACAAACCCUGGCCAGAAACUGUGUGGGUCAAGUGUGAAAUUUCACCAGCACAGUGGAAAGAAACUCUUUAGAAGAGAUGUGGGUAAGGCCUUUAUGAACAGCCACAUAGUCCAUGCAUCCAAGAAGUCUUCCACAUGCCAGGAGGCUGGGAAGAAUUUCCCUGGUAGCUCUAGCCUUCUCCAGCACCAGGUCACUCCACAAAAGGACGCCGAAUGUGUGGAAGCCUUUCACAAUGAACAACGGCACUAUAAGUGCAGUGAAUGUGGUAAAGCCUUCUGCCGCAAGUACAGGCUUGCUCAGCACCAGAGAGUCCACACUGGAGAGAGGCCUUAUGAAUGCAGUGAAUGUGGGAAAACCUUCAGCUAUAAACACAUACUUAUUCAGCACCAGAGAGUCCACACUGGAGAAAGGCCUUAUGAGUGCAGGGAAUGUGGGAAGGCUUUUAGCAACAAACCCACACUUGUUCGGCAUCAGCGAAUUCACACUGGAGAAAGGCCUUAUGAGUGUAGUGAAUGUGGCAAAUUCUUUAGCCAAAGCUCCAGCCUCAGUGAACAUCAGAGAAUUCACACUGGAUCACGGCCUUAUAAAUGCAACGAAUGUGGAAAAUUCUUUACGUCCAACUCCAACCUAAUUAAACACCGGCGAGUUCACACGGGCACAAGGCCUUAUGAGUGCAGUGAAUGUGGGAAAUUCUUUAACCAAAGUCCCAGCCUCAUUAAACAUCAGAGAAUCCACACUGGUGAACGGCCAUAUGAAUGCAGUGAAUGUGGGAAACUUUUUAGCCAAAGCUCUACUCUCAUUAAGCACCAGAGAGUUCACACUGGAGUAAGGCCUUAUAAAUGCAUUGAAUGUGGGAAACUUUUUAGCCAAAGCUUUGGCCUCACUCAACACCAGAGAAUUCACACUGGAGAAAGACCAUAUGAGUGCACUGAAUGUGGAGAAUUCUUUAGCCAAAACACCCAACUUACUCAACACCGAAAAGUUCACACUACAGAGAGGCCUCUUGAGUGUAGCAAAUGUGGAAAAGUCUUCAGUCAAAGGUCUGCUCUGACUGAGCACCAGAAACUUCACAGCCCAGACAGACCCUUUGAGUGCAGCGAAUGUAGGAAAGCUUUCAGCCGAAGGUCUAACCUCAUUCGUCACCAGAAAGUUCAUACUGGAGAAAGGCCUUCAAAUGAGAUGAGGAGAGCAGUGAAUGAGCUGUCUCCUUAGUUAAUACAUCAUACUGAAUAGGCUCUGUGAGGGAGUCAUCAACUGGAAGUUGAAUGCCAUACAUCUGAACAGCCCUAGUGUGUAGAUUGCCUCUGAGUACCAGGUUCAGAGGAAGCUUUUAAGGAGCUACACUCUACUUUCUAACCUGUGCAGGGCCCUUGCCAGACUAACGUCAGUGUGAGUUUCUGUGGUAAAAAUCAUCUUACUUCUACCAAGUGGCAGUCACCUCAGUGUAAUCAGGGUAGGUAGACCUCUGUUUUCUCGCAUCCUGUGGAGGGAAGCAUGAGUAGCCUGAGCACUUGGGUGUUACCAUUCUCUUGUGUCUAACUGACUAGGCCAUGGACUUAACCAGCUUUGACCAAGGUGACCCAGUCUGGGUUCUGCUGGUGGCUUACAGAGGGUUACCUUUUUCAGUGGCAUUAUUUCAUGUCAUACUCUGGAUGGAUUUUUCUAGCUCUAUGUCACCUGUUUGGGAAUUUUGUAUACCUCAGUGGGGAUAGUAUCAUGGCAGAGAAUAGUUUUCAUUGCAGUUUGUGUCUAAUUUGCAUUGCUGUCCAAGGUCUCCUGCAGGGCUUUGUGGGAAUAAUGUUGUGACCUGGAUAUCAGAAUUUUUGGUGGGUCCUUACAUCACCCUUAGAAGAGGAGAGUUGUGAGAACCACCAGUGUUUUUUUGUUUGUUUGUUUCUUUUUGUGUCGUACGUGGGCCUCUCACUGUUGUGGCCUCUCCCAUUGUGGAGCACAGGCUCCGGACGCACAGGCUCAGCGGCCAUGGCUCACGGGCCCAGCCGCUCUGCAGCAUGUGGGAUCUUCCCGGACUGGGGCACGAACCCGUGUCCCCUGCAUCAGCAGGCAGACUCUCAACCACUGCGCCACCAGGGAAGCCCCACCAGUGUUUUUUGGAGCAGCAUGAGUUGUUCUCUUUUUCACAGAGGAUGUCACAUCAUACCCCCUGUACUGUUCUAGAGAAGAAGUUCUCUAAGUCCAGCUGGAAAAGAGCCAUAAUGUCCACAACGUCGUAGGCUGGUGUUGCUGAGCGUUAGAUUACAGACAUUAGGUGGGAACCAUAUUUGGUACAGAAACACUCAGGGAAUUAGUAGGAAGUGAGAGACAAGAAAACAAGUAGGGAUGAGCCUUUUCUAAAGCUGCAUCCAGUAAAGCAACUGUACUCUGAUAAAAAGACAAAUUGCUGUAAUUUGGGAUCUUUAGGAAAAUAAAAAAUAAAGUUGCAUUCACAAAUGUACCGGGAUUAUGGCCAUAAAGGAUAAAGUUUUUGCAGAAAUCCUUAGGAGGUACAGGGCUGUUUCUCUUCUCCUGAGGUCCAAGUCAGUGUCAGACUGAAUACUGUAAAGGUUUUAGGAUCCCACAGCAUCUCCAAAUUGUUUAUCUCAAGGCCGUUGCUGCAGUGAAAAGAAAAAAUGAGGAAGGGGAAAAUCGUGUAAUCCUGGCAUGUUAUUUUUAUGACUCGGGAAGAGGUCCUGGAUAACUCAAGUAGAAACACCUUUCAUUGCUAUAAAGACAGGUGUCUUUAUUGCUACUGUGACAGUCCCUCCCAUGAGACAAGAAGAGUUGAUGGAGUUGAUGUGUUGGUUUCCAGAGUUCUACUUUUCCAAAAAGGAGAUUCAGAUUUUUAUGUGAAGCCAAUUUUUAUUAAAACUUAAUCGAGCUAUAUCGUUGGUAGGCACUCAACUGAAUAUACUUAAAAUGUACAGCUUGGUAAGUUUUAGUAUGUGUAAAAUCACAACCAUCAUUAUAAUAACAAACAUCCAUCAGUUCCAUAUCUACCUUGACAUCUCUCCAUGGGCUCCCAGGCAACUACUGUUGACUUUCUUUCACAUUCAAUUAGUUAAUGUUUUCUAGAGUUUUAAUAUCAUUGGAAUCUUAAUGUGUUUACUUUUGUAUUUGCCUUUUUCUUUCAUGGUGCAUGAUUAUCUUGAGAAUCAUCCAAGUUGCUGAUGUGAAUAGUUCUGUUUUUUUUUCUUUUUGCCAUGCCACAAGGCUUGUGGGAUCUUAGUUCCCUGACCAGGGACUGAACCCAGGCCCUGAGCAGUGAAAGCACGGAGUCCUAACCACUUGACCACUAGGGAAUUCCAUAAUAGUUUAUUGUUUUAAUUCCUGAAAAAUACACUGUUUGGAUAUACCACCCUUUGAUUGUUUAUCCAUUCAUCUGUUAAAUGAUGGGGUUUUGUGGUUUGUUUCUGGUUUGGCUAUCACAGAUAAUCUUAUUAUGAAUGUACAUAAAAUUCUUUAUAUAAAUAUAUGGUUUCAUCUUCUAAAGUGAAUGACUGGACCCUUUUGCAUUCCCAUUAAUUGUAUGGGAGGAUUCAAGUUCCCCUAUAUCCUUCACCUGUACUUGGUUGUUAUAUUAAAUGUAUUAAAUAUUAACCUGUUUUAAAAGUGUGUAGAGUUAUCUUACUGUGGUCUGAUGACAUUUCCCUAAUGGUUCAUCAUGUUGAACAUUUUUAAUGUGUUCAUUUGCCAGCUGUGUAUCUUAGAUGUUCACAGUAGUUAUUUUCCAACUGGUAGUGAAUGUUGGCUGAUAUUUCCCUUUUUAUAAUAACUAAGAAGACAAUAAAAGAAAUGUGUUAGAACUUGAGUUUUCUGAAGUUACUUUGCUGGGUGGAAUGUUUGUGCUAUUCCCAGCGUACAGUCCCCAUUAACUUAUUCUCCAUUACUUUUUUUUUAAAAUUGAUUUUUGGCUGGGUUGAAUCUUCGUUGGUGGGACCGGGCUUUCUCUAGUUGCGGCGAGCGGGGGCUGCUCUUCGUUGCGGUGUGCAGGCUUCUCAUUGCGGUGGCUUCUCUCGCUGCGGAGCACAGGUUCUAGUCAUGCAGGCUUCAGUAGUUGUAGCUCAUGGCCUCUAGAGCACAGGUUCAGUAGUUGUGGCACAUGGGCUUAGUUCUGUGGAAUGUGACAUCUUCCCGGACCAGAGCUUGAACCCGUGUCCCCUGCAUUGGCAUGCAGAUUAUCAACCACUGCACCACCAGGGAAGCCCCGUUACUUUCUUAAGUCUAGACAAGUAAUAAAACAAUGAAUCGACCCUUGGUUGUAGUGUUUGCCAAUUUCCCUGGUACACAUACUCCAACUGUGGCAAUUUCAAGUUGUGAACAUGAGGUUGUUACCAAACCAGGUAGCAUUUCCAGAGGUGCACAAACCAAACACUGAGACACCAAGGUUUGCUGGAGAGAAAAAAUUCAUUCACAGGGCAGCCAAUGGAGGAGACAGGAGAGCAAGCCUGAGAUCCACCUCCCUGGAGUUGGGGUCCUUGAGUUAUUUAUGGGAUAAAGACACAAGGUGGUCUUAGGUGUGGGGAAAGGUGAUAGGGUGUGAGAAAAUGUGAGGUGAUUGGUGUGUGCGGAUGUAUCUGCAUUACAUGUUUCUUCAUGGGAUGCAUGUUCAGAAAUAGUCACUUUGCAUGAUCUGAAGGUGGAGUUUUUGGCCAUCUGAUGUCCAAAGGGCAUUCACUGAACACUUGUGCAGGCCAAAUUUUACGGGUUGGUAGUUACAAUCAGUCUUAACUAGCUCAAAGUGUGUAAGAGCUGACUCUUAAGUUCCUAAAAUAACAACUGGGUGGACUUCCCUGGUGGCACAGUGGUUAAGAAUCUGCUUGCCGGGCUUCCCUUGUGGCACAGUGGUUGAGAGUCCA